AUGUUAGCCAACGGUGACUCCGUGAUCGUGCCUUCCGGUAACCCAGGCCUCGCCAACUAUCCCCACGGCCGCCUCGCUCCCGCCACCCAGGUUCGCACUCUUUAUGUAUCCGGUACGGCCUGCAGACGUCCAGAUGGCACAUUCGCUGGCAUUAAAGAUAAUGGAGACGGGACGGUAAGCUUCGACAUCCGGGAGCAGACCCUGGCCACUCUUCACAACAUCGAGGCUACUAUCAAGCACGCCAGCGGUGGCCGAAACGGAGUCGAAAGUAUUAUUGAUGCAACGGUGUUCCUGACCAACAUUCAUGCCCAUUAUGUGGGCAUGAACGCGAUGUGGAAUGAGUUUUACCCUGAUGCUGAGAGAGCGCCAGCGAGGACGGUGAUCGGAGUCAAGGAGCUGCCAAGCCCGAAGAUGAUUGUUGAAAUCAAAUGCAUAGCGUUGGUUACGGUUGGGAAUUAA